AUUUCUUAUUCAUGCGUAUUUAGUAAAUAAAUAUGAGAUGAAUAAGACUAUAGAGAAAACUUUCGUUAGUGAAUAUAAUCCCUGUUGUAUAUGAAAGAAGAGAAUAAGAUGAAUUAUGAAUUUUUUUCGUCAUUAUUAAUUAACUAACUAUUAUUUUUUAGGUAUGAAAACAAAAAAGAAAUCAAAAAGAAAUGUGCCCGCAUUACAACCGGAAAUAGACGAAGUUGCAGAAAAUGAUACUGGCUUAGAAAUGAAUUCGUAUGAAAAUCCUUAUUUGCAACAAGAGAUGAAACGUUUUUCAAACUACUCGUCAGUGGUGAUAAUGAUGCAAGUAUUGACCGAACGAGAUGUGGAGUUUAUUGUCGAAGAGGCUAUUAUCAAAAAAAAAUGCAAACAACUUAAACUGAAUCAGACAAAAUUAAAAUCACCAUGUGCUUUCAUCUUAGCUAAUGUAUUAAGCAAUAAUGAUAACAUUUUGCAAGAACUUUCUUUAUUUGAUAAUCGUAUAGAUGAUGAAGGUGUUCAUUAUUUAGCUAAAGCAUUAUCAACUAAUAAUAAUAAUCUAAAGAUAUUAGAUCUAACUAAAAAUGAAAUUACAAAUGUUGGUGCAAAAUAUCUUGCAGAAAUGAUUAAAACAAAUGAAACACUGACAACACUUUUAGUUGCCGGUAAUCUAAUAGGUAAUGAAGGUAUUCAAAUCUUAGCCAAUGCAAUACAAUAUUAUAGCAAAACUAUGAUAGAAUUUGAUUUUUGUACAAAUGAAUUAGUUAAUGAUUCAAUUGUCGAUUCUCUUAUUCAAUUGAUUAAAUAUAGUCCAUCAUUGAAACAGUUAUCUUUAUUCAGAUGUAAUUUAUCUCAAAAUAGCAAAGAUAAACUUAUUAAAAUGCAAAAAAGAAAAGAAGAUUUCAUAUUACACGUAUGA